AUGGUUUCGAGAUUGGUGGUUAAAAUGACUUUGCUGAUGUUAAUGUUUCAGUUAGCAAAAGCAGCAGCACCCGUUGCGAAGUUUGGCUGUCCAGAUCGAUGCGGAGCCAUUAGCAUUCCUUACCCCUUUGGAACUAGAAAAGAAUGCUACAUGGAUGAACGGUUCGCGAUUGAGUGCAAUGAGACUGCCAACCCUCCUAGAGCUUUUAUAAGUCGAAUUAAAAUGGAGGUGCUGAAUAUUUCAGUUAAGACAGCCACCGCUACUGUCAAAAGUCCAGUAAUAUCCUUCAAUUGUAUUGGCCGGGUAGAUGGUGCGCCUCUGAAUCUCACUGGAACUCCCUUUGUUUUCUCCUCUAAAAGGAACUUGUUCGUUGCAGUGGGUUGUGAUACUCGAGCUUUUAUGACCGGAACUGAGCCGGAUCUCGUCGUUUGGGAGUCUACAUGGGGUAACCUGGAAAGUCAAAAUUGUAGUCUGGCUAGAAUCCCUUCACUGCUUCAGGUUUUUAAUCCGCGCUUAGUUUCUACUAACUCUAAUCAAGUUGGAGAAGGAUGCAAGCUAGCCUUCCUGGUGAAUCCGACAUGGUUUGAAUCGAAUAUAAGUGAUCCCUUCGCAGUGCAGUAUAGAGAUUAUGUUCCAAUGGACUUGGGUUGGAUGAUGAACUUGAAUGAUAAUGAUAUUUCCACGCAUUGCGAAGAAAGUUACAAUCAAUCCUCAAAAUCCGAAUGUGUGUGCGAGGAUGGAUUUGAGGCCAACCCUUACCUUGAACUUGGUUGUACGGAUGUUGAUGAAUGCAAGACCCCAGAGAAAAAUACAUGCCGAGGGAUGCUCAAAUGCGUGAAUACACGUGGAGGGUACAAAUGCAUAAUAAAUAAAAUUUAUAUAAUUAUCAUAGUUAUAGGUCUGGUUGGAGUACUCUUCCUGCUCAUUGGUGCUCGGUGGAUAUACAAUUGCAUUCGGUUGAAGAAUAAGUUUUUCAAACGGAAUGGUGGUCUCUUAUUGCAGCAGCAAUUAUCCUCGAGUGAUGGUAGUGUUCAAAAGACAAAAAUAUUCAGUUCAAAUGAGUUGGAAAAGGCGACCGAUUAUUUUAAUGAGAGCAGAAUACUUGGUCAUGGCGGCCAAGGCACCGUUUACAAGGGAAUGUUAGCUGAUGGGACUAUCGUUGCAGUUAAGAAGUCUAAGAUAGUGGAUGAAGAUAAACUAGAAGAAUUCAUCAACGAGGUUGUCAUUCUUUCACAAAUCAGUCACAGAAAUGUGGUUAGGCUACUUGGAUGUUGCCUGGAGACUGAUGUUCCUCUGCUAGUCUAUGAAUUCAUUCCCAAUGGAACUCUUUUCCAAUAUCUCCAUGAGCAAAACGAGGACUUUACGUUAUCAUGGGAGUUGCGGUUACGAAUUGCCUCGGAAGCUGCAGGUGCGAUAUCCUAUCUUCACUCGACGGCAUCUAUCCCGAUUUAUCACCGAGACAUUAAGUCCACAAACAUACUCUUAGAUGAGAAAUAUAGAGCAAAAGUUUCAGAUUUCGGAACUUCAAGAUCAGUUUCCAUUGAUCAAACUCAUCUGACCACCAAGGUGCAAGGUACUUUUGGUUACUUAGAUCCAGAGUAUUUUCGAACCAGUCAAUUAACAGAAAAGAGUGAUGUUUAUAGUUUUGGAGUAGUUCUCGUCGAGCUCUUAAGUGGGAGAAAACCUAUUUUCUUAACCCAUUCACUGGAAACCAUGAGCUUAGCCGAACAUUUCAUUGAAUUGAUGGAAGAUGGUAGACUCUUUGAUAUCAUUGAUGCUCAAGUUAAGGGGGAUUGCACUGAAGAGGAAGCCGUAGUUAUAGCGAAUCUUGCAAAGAGAUGUUUGAAUUUGAAUGGAAGAAACCGACCAACAAUGAGAGAAGUUGCAAUGGAAUUGGAGGGGAUUCUAUUAUCACGUAACGGUAUCAAUAUUCAACAAAUUGGUGAAGUGGAUAAUUCAUCGAGGUCGAUUUCCUGCAGCAGUUUUGAGAUUGGUAUAGAUCAACCAUUAGAUUGCAAACCUUCGACUUCUUCUGAAACAUGGUGA